AUGGCCAAAACCACCGAGAUUGGGUCUCGGAAAAGACCUGACAAUGACAGUGUCAACGACUUCGCCAAAGAACACAUCACAGGCGGCUGGCGACCUGGCAUGGAUCCCAAGGUUGACUACUCGGGACAUUUCGAAUUCGGCGGCUCGCUUGGAUGUCUCGCUCUCAUGACAGGCUUCCCGACAUUGAUGUACUAUAUGUGGAUUGGAGCCACUUACUACGAUGGGAAACUACCUCUUCCUGAAGAUGGACAAUCUUGGAUGGACUUUGGAAAGCACUUAUGUCGUCUUGUCUAUGAAGGUGCCUUUCCGCACUUCAGGGCCUGGCGUAUCUACUGGAGCUACAUUAUCUUCGAGGCUGUAUGUUACGUUCUGAUGCCCGGCUUUACGUGUUAUGGCAAACCUCUCCUUUACUUGGGAGGAAAGCAGUUGAAGUAUCACUGCUCGGCAUACACCAGCUUUUAUCUCACAAUUGUGGUCAUGACUGUGCUGCAUGGAACCGGUUUGUUCCCCAUCUACACUUUCCUUGAUGAGUUCGGGCCAAUUCUUUCCGUUGCCAUCCUUUCUGGCUUUCUCGUCAGCCUUGCGACUUACAUAUCUGCCUUUGCUCGUGGAGCUCAACACCGUGUCACCGGCUAUCAGAUUUAUGAUUUCUUUAUGGGUGCCGAGUUGAAUCCGCGCAUCUUUGGAACGCUGGACUUGAAGAUGUUCUAUGAAGUUCGAAUCCCUUGGUUCAUCUUAUUCGGUCUGAGCUGCGCUGCUGCUGCUCGCCAGUAUGAACGUUACGGCUACGUCUCUGGUGAAGUCUUGUUCUUGGUCAUGGCGCACUUCACCUACGCCAAUGCCUGUGCUAAGGCAGAGCAUCUUAUCACGACAACAUGGGACAUGUAUCAAGAAAAGCUUGGGUUCAUGCUGACCUUUUGGAAUAUUGCUGGUGUCCCGUUGUCCUAUUGCCACUGCACACUCUACCUCGCGAAUCAUGAUCCGUCCACGUAUGCUUGGAACAAAUACGCCUUGACCUUGCUCUUCAUCUCAUAUCUUUUCGUCUACUAUGUUUGGGACAUUGCCAACAGCCAGAAGAACUCCUUCAAAAUGAUGGAGCGAGGUACAUGGUCCAAGAGAAAGACUUUCCCUCAACUGCCCUGGCAGGAAGUUCACAACCCCAAGACCAUUGUCAGUAAGAAUGGAGAUGCGAUCUUGGCUGAUGGAGUCUAUGGUCUCGCUCGCAAGCUGCACUACACAUGUGAUAUGUUCUUCGCCAUCUCCUGGGGCCUGAUUACUGGCUUCAACAGCCCUUUCCCAUGGUUCUAUCCAGCCUUCUUCUGUAUCAUGAUUAUUCAUCGGACUAUGAGAGAUAUCAGCAAGUGCCGGCACAAGUAUGGGGAGGCGUGGGAAGAAUACGAGAAGCAAGUCCCAUACCUAUUCAUUCCGUAUGUCAUCUAG